AUUUGGUACAUGCCGUAUGUUCUGUUACUAUCAAACUAUCUAUACAGGACAAUUACUACUUGAUAACAUGUUAUCUUUCACAAAUGUUACGAUUAUUCUUGAGCCAUCACAUAUACUAUGUUGUGUUCAACUCAAGUGAACGCAUGCAUGUAGUUAAUGAGUCAUGUGACUGUUUUGAAUGCUUCUAGUUCUAGUCUGUGGCCGUGGUCUUGAUUCGUGUACAACGUCUAUUACUAUACUGUUUGAUUCAAACGUCUGUAGGAACUAGGCUAUUGUUAGUGUCUUCAUUAUGCUGAACACUAAUAUAUUCAUAUCUUAAUUCCUGGUUAAUGAACAAAUUACAGUUAUAACUUUAAGAAGUUAAGACAGUCGGUUUCGUCUAGGCUGUUGAUAUUGUGUGUGGUGUGUUUUAUAUCAGAACUAUUUGUUCCACCAUGUCAAGAUUUGUCAGGUUUAAUUGGUCCAAAAGGACAAUGAAAAGGUUGAUACUAGCUUCAAUAGCAUUGGUAUUGAUAUAUUAUAUAAUACAGAAUCAACCCUUUAUAAACUUUCUAAAUAUGAUUCGCAAGGAUUCAGAUCAGAGUCCAUACUCAGUAAAAACAUUUUCACAUGGUCUCAUACCUGGUGAUUUCAUGAUGUCGAACGAAACAUACAACUUAAUGAGCAACAAUCUAGAAUUAAAUUUAGUAACUUUACAAAUACCUUUAACCGUCCAUUAUUUUUGGUGCCACGAUAAACAAUUUGAAUUCCAACAUUAUCUCAGUAUUUUCGGCGCUUUCCGGUUCCUUAAGCCAACCCGAAUCAUAUUCCAUUAUUAUGUAAGACCGAAGCUCGAUACAUAUGGUUAUUAUCAAUACUUUGGUGAUCUGUUUCGAUACAUUCCAGUUAUUGUGGAGGAGAAACUAUCAGAGAUGUGUUCAGAUGCAAGUGUUAGGAAAAACCUUAUCCUAAAGACGUUGAACGAACGUGGUGGGAUAUACAUCGGAGAAACAACAAUAUUAACAAAUUCGCUCUCUUGGUUUAGAAACUUACAGUUUUCAUAUUCUCCCGGGUUUGAGCUAAUUCUAAUGAAACGUGGAGCAAUAGGACCCUCUUCAGUAACAUCAUUUCUUAAAUCAACGCCUUCUAAUCUUAUAUGUGUUCAUCAAAAUAAUUUUAAACAUUCCACAAAAAUUAGUGAUUGUGUUAUUAUUAACUCUGAAAUAUUCCCAAAAGAUAUAAUGACACUGGACUCUGAAUUCGGGCGUCUAACACGUUGGAUUUAUUAUGGAAGUAAAAAGCUAAGAACCCCGCAGAUUCAGGAGGGUAAAAUGGCACCACUCAUUGUGCACUAUGUAUGGCUCGGUAAAAGACCAUUUACAUUUGAUAAAUAUCUAGGUUUGCUUAGCUCAGUUUAUGUUCUUAAAGCUGAAUUUGUUUACAUUCAUGGAGAUGUUAAACCAAUAGGUCCUUACUGGGAUGAAGCUAAAAGGAUCCCAAAUGUGAAAUUUAUAUUUCGGGAAUUCCCUACAUCUGUUUUUGGAAAUGAGAUUAUAAAGUGGGCAUCUCAUGCAAGUGACGUUCUUCGAGCCGAUAUUCUAAUACGUUAUGGUGGCAUUUAUUGUGAUUGGGAUGUUUUGUGGGUAAAUCCAAUACCUGAAAGACUGCGUAAAUACGAUGCAAUAGUUAGCAUUGAUUGGCCAGGUGCUGGAAAAUUUCCAGAUAUUUUUAAUCCGGGUGUCCUAAUCGCUCAAAAAGGAUCAAAAUAUAUGCAAUACUUUCUAGAAAGUUAUCGUUAUUAUUUAGACAAUGAUUGGACCUAUAACGCUGUUUACAUGCCUUACAAAAUCUACGAGCAACACUCAGAUUUAGUUCUCGAAGAACCCCAUUUACAGGUGAUAUGCGCAAAUCAAGCAUGCCAUCCAACAUGGCUACCAGGUUAUAACAAGUACAGCCAUCUGAAUAAGCUAAAAUUUGAUUGGAGAAACGAAACUAUGUGUAUCCAUAUAACCUAUCCGGAUCCUAGUGAAUACGAGAGUCCAGAAGCACUCCAUUCUUCCGAUUCAAUGUUUGGAGACAUCGGUAAAUUUGUUAUGAAGAGAGCCGGUCUCCAUUGAUAGAAUAAACUUAUAUUUCAAAAUACAAAUUCAUAAUGAAUGAUGUUUUUUUCUUGAAACUGUUAUGUUGUUCGAAUAUAAGUAGAAAUGUUAUUUAGGACCGGAUUUAUUACUCUAUGUUUAUCACGUCUGUCGUUUUUAAGCAAAAGCUUGACUCAAACUUAUAAUCCGUAAGGCAAAAAUUAAUUAUGGGUUAGGAUUAUUGUAUUUCAAUUACAGUUUUCUAAUAAAUAUUCCCAACAUACUGAUUUCUAAAGAUAGCCGAAGGUCCUUGAUAAAAAGGGGAAAUUGAUAGCAUCGACUUGCACCAUUUCGAUUUCUCUUCUUGACAUCAUGUAAGGUUAGGCAUAUCUAUAGUAACCGGAAUCACCCGCAUCAGACGGAAAAAAAUGGACAGAUUCAACAGAAACCAUAAUGGCCAUAAUACACAUAAAGGAAAAUCUCCUACAAUUUCUUAAAUCAAAUUUAAUAUGUAUAUAUGUUAUUAAGACAUUUUUUUACAUUUUAUAUUUAAAAGGAAAGUUUCAACGUUCGACCAAUCGUACCUACGAAGAUUCUUUAGCUAAGCUAAUCAGAUAUACCAGGGAUGACUUUUUUCCAAAGACCUGGGCCAGUGCUUCUAUAGGAGAGUAUCUCUUAUAACCCCUAAUGCAUAUAAUAACAUGAAAAAUAUCUUUAAAUGUAGCUUUUAAUAUAAUGGUAGUAGUAUAAUAGUA